AUGAAACAUCCAUCAAAUCACAAUAGUCCUAGAAACUGUAAAGAUAUUCAACUUCAAGUGCAUAAACCUAAUGAACUAUUAAUAGAGUUAACUGAUAGAAAUAACACCAAGAGAUAUGCUCAUUACACAUCUUUUGCCAUUGGUCCCGAAAUAGGAGGCUAUAAUUUGACGACAAUAGGUGGAUUUAGUGUGGGUGCUUGGUGGUACAAAAAAUGUUUCGAUAGUAAUCUCAAUGGCAAAUUUAUUAAUAUUAAGGAGCCAAGAAUAAUGAGAGGAAAAGGCAUUUCUUGGGUUAAUAUUUCGUAUCACGAGUACUACUUAUCUGGUAGCAGAAUGUUACUCAGACCACUUGGAAAUUAUUGA